CUCAGAAUAGGGUUCAUGAACAUAAGGUCGCUUUCAUCGAAGGCGCUCUUGGUCCAUAAUCUAAUUAUUGAUAAAAAGAUCGACAUACUGGGACUUUGUGAAACCUGGUUAAAACCAGAUGAGUUUCUAGCCCUAAACGAAGCUACUCCACCCCAUUACGUUAGCACCCAAGUAUCUAGAGAAGUUAAGAAAGGUGGUGGAGUAGCCCUGAUAUCUAACUCUAAGCUUAAUUUAAAGCCAAAGAAUAGAUAUAUUUUCAGAUCCUUUGAGGUGCUAGCGCUCUGCACCUCAGCUCCUCGAGAAGCAAAACGAGUUCCAGACUCUUUUGUUUUAGCUGUAGUAUACCGUCCCCCAGGACCGUAUUCAGUUUUUCUGGAUGAGUUUUCUGACUUUGCAGCUGAUUUGGUUACAUAUUCAGACAAUAUUUUGCUUAUUGGGGAUUUCAACAUUCACGUGAAUAACCCGUCUGAUGCCCUCACAAGGGCUUUUCUGUCCAUUACAGAUACGCUUGGCUUCAAACAGCUCGUCCAGCAUCCAACCCACAUCGGUGGAAACACGCUGGAUCUCGUUCUGACCCGCGGUGUUGACAUUUCACAGCUAGUGGUCUCUUCCUACACCUCAGCUUUAUCAGACCACUUUUUGCUCACUUUCCAGGUGGUGGUAUCCUGCCCCUGCGAUGAUCAGCAAGCUACUUUCAGCUGUCGCCGCAUCACACCUGCAACCAUUACAGCUAUGGAAGAUAAGUUAUCUGGUUCACUUGCACCUCUCUGUAACUAUAGUGGUUCUGUGGAGUGCCUUAUUGAUGACCUCAACAUUGCCUUGUCUGUUGCCAUUGAUUCAGUUGCUCCGUACGUAAUUAAAAAACGAACAUUGAAAAAACCAGCUCCUUGGUUUAAUGCCGAAACGCGCAUUUUGAAGCGAAAUUGCAGGAUCCUUGAACGCAAAUGGCGCUCGACUAAACUUGAGGUCUUUCAUCUUGCAUGGCAUAAUAGUCUGAUCACCUAUAAGGGUGCGCUGACUAUCGCCAGGAACGCCUACUUUUCUAGUAUCAUUAAUUUGAAUAGAAAUAAUCCUAAAUUUCUUUUUGACACGGUGAGGAGUCUCACUCAGAAACAGAAUCAGACCGUAGGCUCCUCGAUCUUGGCAGGUGAAUUCAUGGAUUUCUUUGAGAAUAAGGCCCAAUCCCGUUUCUUUGCUCACUGUCUCAACCCUACAUCUCAACCCUAACCCUCAUUGCUCAUGCUCAUUGCUACCCCUCAUUUCUACCCCUAACCGACCCUACCAAAUGGGACAACCCUACCCUGUGACGUCAUCAUGGCCUCCCCGUGCCCCCUAGCAGAUAACCAGACCCCUGGUAAUGUUACAAGAGACAGACUGGCUGCCAUUGUCUCGGGCAACGAGCAAGACCCAUUGUAAAGAUGUUUAACCUGAAAUGGUAUUUAUAUUUUGUAAUUGGCAUGUUUAAAUAAAAAAAAUAAAUAAUAAUAAUAAUACUAUUUGUCCCUCGUAAUAUACCUUUAUUUUGAAUGUCACUUAGCUACAUGUUAAAGGUGUGUGAGUGCACCCUUAGAUAAUAAUCGGUUAAGAACAAGAACACUUUAGAAGAAACACUUUAUUUAAAUAAACACUGAA